GGCCAGCGCAGGUGGGAAAGUCUUUAGCGUGUACGGGAGAUAACUGCGUGCGCCUAAUCGGAAGUGGAAGGGAUACAGGUGCGGGACAUUUGUUGUUAGUGGAGCUACGAGGAGGGAUAUGUUUUACAUGCGUGUGUGAUGUAGAUUUUAAACGCCACAGAUCCCACGAUGAGGAAUAAAAUAUUCUUGGCCUGUGCAAUAGUGCUUGUGGUGUGUGUUUCGUGGGCCGUGUGUUGUGAUGAAGGCGUAUGUGUUAGUAUCGUCAGCAAAUGUCUUUUAAUCAAAUCAUGUGACUGUGAUAUGACCAGUCUAAAGAACUGUACGUGUUGUAAAGACUGUCAACUGUGCUUGUCCAAGUUAUACACGGAAUGCUGUUCCUGUGUCGGUUUGUGUCCAAAGCCAGAUCCAGAUGACGAUUUACAAGAUGGCAGCACGAUAGAGGACUUGCACGACCCUAUUCCAGAACUCUUUAAUGUGUUAACAGAACAAGAAGAUAUAGAAAAGAGAUGGACAACAUUCAUAUUGCCUGUGCACUUUGAUGUCCUCGCACACAAAUCUAAUCAUGGAAUUCUUGAUCUCUCCAAAGACAAGCGACAGGAAGUGACCAAGGACACAUAUGGGGCCGACCUUAACUGUACGGUGGCCUUCAUGUCACAGUGUUACUCCCUACGGAAAUGUAAAGAGUCGUGCAAGUCUAUGGGGGCCGCCCGCUACCGCUGGUUCCAUGAGCAGGGCUGCUGUCAGUGUAUCGGAGACACCUGCAUUAGCUACGGACUCAACAGUCCCAAAUGUUUGCAAUGUCCACCCCAAGAGGAUGAGGCAGAAAACCAACUGGAAGAAGUGAACAAGUUGAUUGAAAAUACUGUUGAUGAGGAAGAAGACCUUGAUGAAGAAUUUGAUGAAGAUGAAGAUGAGUUGGAUGAGGAGGAGGAGGAGGAAGAAGAGGACAGGGGAAUUAAUGAAUUGAAAACAGUUGGUUAAUGACCAGAAAUGAUAGUCAGACAUUUGAUAGGGGAAUAUGGGUGAUACAUCGAUCGUCAUAGAUAUUGGUUGUUAUUGAAGAGACAUAACAUGUCAAUUUUGACAGAACUUUGUUCAUUUUAUAGACUUAUUGAUUAUUUUUAUGUUAAACGAUGUUUUGUACAUGAUUUUUGUUAAUUUAUCACGAUAUAAAAUGUUUUUGUAACCUAUAUUAGAUGAAUACAGUAUUGCCUACAGUGAUGUUGAUUGUUCUUAGUCUUCUGUUAGUACAUACUGGUAUGUACUGAUGCUGAAUCAUGCUGAAAACAUGUCUUCUGUCAAUAUUUUUUCCAUGAAAUAUUCAGCUCUGUAGCUUUUUAAUCAUGUAAAAAAAAAAAAACACAGAGUUAUGGAAUUCAAUUGCGUUCUUAGUCGAGUCUGAAAAUUAAUUUGUUAAUCUCAUGAAUAAGUCAAUUAACUAUCCAAAAAAGUUUUUUUUAUAUAAUGUUAAAGUGAUACUUAAAAGUGAAAAUAUUUACAAUACAAGAGAAAUGAAAAUACAAGCAUGUUUUGUAUUUCAAAGCAAAGAAAAUAUUUGGUUGAUUAGGUUUAAGUGAAGCAGACCAAGCCAGAUGGCACAUUUUUUCUUUUGAAGAACCUUCAAUAAAGCGGCAAGCUAUUUUUUAAACAGUUCUUUGUUAAGAUAACUUGUGGAUUAUUCUUACACUUCCAGCAAGUUGACAUGUAAUAAUAACACACUUUUUCAAGAUAAAUGGGUAGGUUGUUUUGUUGGUAUUAAGUAUUUUAUGACUUUUAAAAGUCGCCAAGGCCAUUUACAGAUCUUAUACGUGUUAUGGGUUUUAUUAUUGUAUCAAUGCUCUUGUCAUUUUGAUAACUUUCAUUGAGUUCAAUUUACCAUUCUUCCGUUGUUUUAUUUAUACAUGAUUUUUUUAUUUAGUCAGUGAAACUACAAUCCUUCCCACCUUUUUAUGAAACAUUUAUUUAACCUCCGCCGGAACAGUUUUGUACAUGUUAUAAUGAUUUUUUUUACGUAUUAUAAGUGGAAUGUUCUUGGACUCAAUGGUCAUUCAUUAGGUUUAUUAUUUAACUAUUAUUUUGUAUUGACCAUUUGUCAGGGCAUUUCCUUCUUGUAAAAUGAUUGAUAGUGCUUAAAUUGGACCAAAGACCAAGUAAAUUUGCAAUAACAUUAAACAA